CAUAUAAAUAGUGGAGGAGCUCAAUGUUGAUAGCAUUCGAUUGAAAUUGGCUGUGCAAUGGGUUCACAAGGGAUACUUGGAUUGAGCUGCGCUCUCUUGCUGUGUGCAGUGAUUAGCGCACAGCAGACCUACGAUGGACGCAAUGGUCCACAUGUGUUCGGCCCACCUGGCCAACAGGUGUAUAUACGUGGCCAGAAUGAAGGCCCCUAUCAGGUGCCUGGAGUGCCCGGCACAUUCCAGAACUCCCCUAGUUCCGGGGGAUCACACAGCUACACAGAUGAGGACGGCAAUACGUAUGUGCAUAACAGGAAUAGAGCAGGCACACCAGCCACACACAGCAUAUCUGGCCCGAAUCUGGUGGCUCGCCGUGGACCCGAUCCCUUGACGCUUCCUACAAGUGCUUAUCGGCCCCCACGACAUGUGGUAAUUAGUCGUCCGGAUCGUGUUGUCGGCAGCAGCAGGGAUGGCCCACUCAUAAUUAGUCGCAGUCGUCGUGACUUCCAUGUCGGACGUCCCGAUCGCACCGUUGACUACAGCGCUGGAUCCGGUACUUUUGUCGUACAGCGCGGCCGUCGUAGUCCCGACACCGUGCACGUGAGUCGUCCGGAUGGCCGUUCAGUGAGCUAUGGCGAUGGAGGUUUCAUUGCCAAUGGCCGUGAUGGACGCACUGUGGCCCACUCCCGCCAUAGACGCGCACGUGUCCAGGGCGAAAACUUUGUGGCACGCGAUGAUCAGGCCGGCAUCUGGAACAACAACGUCUCUAUUUGGAAGCGUCCCGAUGGACGCACAGUUACCGUUGAUAGCAAUGGCAAUGUCAUCACCUCCGGUAGUCCCAAUGGACGUGGCCCACAGCGCUAUUCCGGCUAAGACAGGAAGGAAGGACUGAAGAGGCAGUAGUUACUGUUGUACGAAAUAAAUCUUAAAUCGAAUAAAU